AUGUCUCUUCUCCCUCUCGCCAUCGUUUCCGCGGUGGUCGCCUGUCUGGGUUGGCCUGUCAUUAAACACCAUGUCAUCAGCUCCCCACUUGACGUCUUGAACGGGCCCAAGCCAUCCUCGUUCUUCUUGGGUACGUUUUAUACACUUGCUAUGAUUGAAAUGGGUCUUCCUGACACUACCACUGGUAAUAGGCAAGGAUGGCGUAACUUUGCCCAGAGCGCAGACGCGUUCGGUCGCGCGUGGCUUGCUAGAGGAUUCUUCUACGCCCCUGUGCUCGUCAUCCACGACCCCAAGGCGCUGCACACGGCCAUGGUGAAAGACGAACAUAUCUGGCAGAAGGGCCUCGCGCCUUCGGACAACCUCACGCUUCUCCUUGGCCCUGGGGUUCUUUCUACGCGCGCAGGGCAACACAAGCGCCAGCGGAAGUUGUUGAACCCGGUCUUCUCCGUUGCGCAUCUGCGCGACAUGACCCACAUUUUCUACAACGUUGCGCACAGGGUACACGCUGCACUGGCGAAGCGUAUCCCCAGCACCGAGAUCGCGCAAGAGGUAGACAUCAACGGCUGGAUGGGUCAUAUCACGCUGGAAAUGCUCGGCCAGGCCGGUCUCGGGUACUCGUUCGACGACUUCACCGACGACAAGACGGACACGUACGGGGAGUCAAUCAAGCUUUUCUUCCCCAAGCUCUCCGCCACGCGCUUCUACAACCUCUUCACCGCGCGGCUCUCGUGGUACCUGCCUGAUCCCGUCAUCCGCCAGAUUGGCCGCUCCGCGCCGACUAAGGGAAUCCGCGAUGUCAUGAAGAUCUCGGACACGAUGAUGCAGCGCUCGAAGGAGAUCGUCGCGGAGAAAAAGGCCAAACUCGAGAAGGGCGACGCCGCGCUUAAGCACGAGGUCGGCGAGGGCAAGGACAUCAUGAGCAUCUGCCUGCGGGCGAACAUGGCGGCCGCCGACAACGAGAAGAUGACGGACGAGGAGAUCCUCGCGCAGAUGUCCACGUUCAUCCUCGCCGGCAUGGACACCACCUCGAACGCGCUCUCCCGCAUCCUGUGGCUCCUCUCCGGCCGGCAGGACGUGCAGGCGAAGCUCCGCGCCGAAAUCGUCGAGGCGCAGGGCGGCCUCCCCUACCUCGACGCCGUCUGCCGCGAGACCCUCCGCGUCUACGCGCCCGUGACGCUCGCCCCGCGCGUCGCGACCCAGGACACGGUCAUCCCGUUCUCCGCCCCCGUGCGCACGCGCGACGGGCGCGAGAUCACGGAGAUCGCGGCGCCGCGCGGCACGAUCGCGCUCAUGCACUACCAGGCGUCCAACACCGACGCCGCGCUCUGGGGGCCCGACGCGCGCGAGUGGAAGCCGGAGCGGUGGCUCGCGCCGCUCCCCGCGGGCCUCGAGGACGCGCGGAUCCCGGGGGUGUACGCGCACCUGAUGACGUUCGCCGCGGGCACGCGCUCGUGCAUCGGCUUCAAGUUCUCGCAGCUCGAGAUGAAGAUCGUGUUGUCCGUGCUGCUCCCCGCGUUCUCGUUCGAGCUCACGGACAAGCCCGUCGCGUGGAACUCGUCCGCGGUCAUCUAUCCCACUAUGGGCGAGGAGAGCAGCAAGCCGGAGCUGCUGCUCAUGGUUAAGGCGCUCAAGGCCUGA